AACCCUUAAAAAUGAAGGCAAUAUUAGCUGCUAGGUCAAAUCACAUUUCCACCCAUGUUUCUACCAUGCCUGUAUCCAUUUCCGUCCUGCUGAUGUAAACACUGACGUAUGCUGCUGUGAUUGGUCGAUAACCAUUUUUCAUGACGCAAAGCAUACACGAAUUUUAAUUGGCUGACUUGACGCCUGGCCCCUCCUCGCGCGGACAUUUGAAAACGGCUUUGUAAAGAAGGAAGAAGAGAGACGAAGAAGACAUGGCUCCCAGGAAAACAAGAACGACGGCCAAGGCAAAGAAAAAUAGCCCCAAGACGGCUAAGCUAGAAGCCUUCCUGGAGGACUUCGACAGCGAGGUGAAGACCAGAGUGGAACAGAUGAAAGAGAAGCUCAACCAUCUACUGAAAGAUGUGGACAACGGCUACAACAUGGCACUCAUUAAGCUCCCAAAGACUCUCCGCCAAAUGCCCUGGAUGGAACAAUUCAAAUCUGAGAAACCAGAAGUGGCGAAUGUUAGUAGAGAAGAGGAAGCUGCUAUUGUUGAGAGCAUUGUGGCCGAGAACAAUCCAGCCCUUUUCAAAUCAGUCAAAAAAGCAACAAAGAAAUCAACUAAAUCCACUUCGGAAGAUGAAAACACCUCGGGCACAACACGGAAGGAGAAAGCAACAAGGAAACCUCCAACCACAUCAAAGAGAGCAAAGGCCCUGUCGGCCAGACGAUUGAGCAGGAAGCCAAUUGUCACUCCUGCAAGGAAUAUGGACUAUUCUCUGAUGAUGGGAGCCACUCCCCUCAUUACCCCACGCUUUGAUCCCAGACUUCCCAAGACCCCCGCUGUGAGGAAUCCCCACCACAAAGAGAGGGUUUACAGCAUCUCAGUCAACGGCUCUCCCAUCGCAGCAGGAAUUAAUGAAGACAUCGUCAUCAACGUCCCCAUCGGCAACGGAGAGAGUGUUCAGCUAUUGGCCAGCCAGAUGGACUCUGUGGAUCUGUCUCUGCUGGAUGAAACUGCUCUGAGGAGCAUUCGUCAGCUGAAGAAUCGCCUCACCGUCCUGUGUGGAACGGAGUAACGCUACCGCCUGCUCUCGUCUUGUACAUUACUUUAAAAAAAAAACAAUGAGUAUCUUUAUUCUUAUAGAGGAGAUACGUGGGUUUUUACCAUUUAUAUUUUAUUGUUUUCCUUUGAUAGAUAUUCUAAGGAUCAUACUGUUGCCUUUGACUUUUUAUUUGGGUUUAACCGCCUUUGUGGAAUACUGCACAACUGUCUGUCAUUCUGGUGCUUUCCCCAGACUUUUACUCAUGUUGGCAGUCUAUUAAGGUUUGUUCUUUUAAUUAUAAACCUUGAAAGACCUGACAGGUCUGUACUCAUGUACUGCAAAUAUGAAUAGCUAUUCAUUCUUUGAUUGUCAGUACAUUUGAAUCCUACAUGUUGUUUCAUUCCGUCAUUGAGAAAUAAACAAUCCUCCAUGUACAUAUCACAGAUUGUUUGCAAAAA